AUGUUCAAGGCGUCUUUUCGUAGUAUAUUUAUUUGUAGUAGGCAUUUUCACGAUGUGUGUUUCAAGGCACACGGGAGACUAAUAUUAAAUUGUCUACGAACAAAAGGACUUCCAGGUUUUCAAGGUGCA